GACCUCCGGGCGGGGUGAAUCAAGCUGCGCCAGCUUCUGCGAAUCUUCAAAAUGCCGUUGUCUCUGCGACGACGACGCAGGCAUUUUUGAUGAAGGCAGAGAAGCACCAGUCGUUGAGCUAUCUGGAGCAGGCGUGUUUGAAAUGCGGGCUGCAGUGGGUGGUGUCGAUCCUGACUGUCGGGGUAACAUAGCAUGUUCAUCGUUCUUCUUGCAUCACAAAAAUUUUCGUUACAUGAGUCUGUGCUUUAUUGCAAUUGAUGGUGCACCACAAAAAUAACUAAAUUCCACUCUCCCAAACCAUCCAGAUCCUGCUGUACCUUUCCGCCGUGUUGGUCAAAGUCGCCGCGUUAUCAACUGCAAAUAUGUCUGGGUCUGGAAGACUGCAAGUUUGUCAUGCUUGUCUGACACGACUCUUGAAUCUGUAAUGCGUGAGCAGGAAAGCAGCCUCUUACCUGUCAUGCAAAAACGCAGUUUUUCAUGCGGGAUGGAAGCGAAACACAUAGAAUUAGACGCUCAGAAACUUGUCAUGCGUGGCUGCGUGGUAACGCAGUGCGCCCACCAUUCACAAACUAGCAUCACAAGUUUCCAGACCCGAACAUUUUUGCAGGUCAUACGCGUUCGGCCGCGUCGAGAUGGUUUUCCUUUCCUGGUUAUCAAAUGCAAAAAUGUGGGCUGGGUCUGAAACAGUGGAACUUGUGAUGCGUGUCUUGCAUUCCUGGAAAAUCUGUGCUGCAUGAGCAGCAAAAGCGGAGCUUGCUUUGUCAUACAAAAACGCAGUUUGUCAUGCGUGGUAGGCAUCAGCAGGCGUCUCCAAAACUUGUCAUGCCUGGCAGCCGUUGCAAGCGCUUCAAUCAUGCUCAAUUCAGCAUCACUGAUUUCCAGACCCAGACAUAUUUGCAGUUCAUACUGGUUCGUCUUAGUCAUCUUUGACCAAAUCCGAAAUCUCAUCGCGCAAACCCUCAUUUGGUACUGCUUGAUUCGUCGGUUCGGGCAAGUCCCGGUUUUCACGGCGGAAGAGGAGAGGCGGUAUUUUCAGACCAACAACCUACAAUUCGCAAUGAUGGCCGGCAUGACGGAGUUGGAUGCAAAUAUGGAAUGCAAAUAUGUCUGGGUCUGGAGAAAUGCACCUUGUGAUGCGCAUUUUACAACACAUAAAAAUCUCUCAUGCACAAGCAGCAAAAGCUGCCCCCUUUCUGUCACCAAAAUGGGGCACUUGUCAUGCGGAUUUGCCAUUGCGGAAGCUUCUCCAAACCUGUGAUGCUAGCGCUUCCAUGCCAGAUCUUCUGUGUCAUGCAAAAGCACCAUGAGUCUUCCAGACCCAGACAUUUUUACAGUUGAUGGCAAAUGAGAUGUACCAGUUGCAGUACGGAGCUGCUGGCAUAGCAUCAUCCCCUGACUUAUGGAUUGUAAAAAUGUCUGGGUCUGGAAGAUUGCAACUUGUCAUGCUGUCUUCGGAUUCGAAAAAAAUCUGUAUUGCAUGACCAGCAAGAGGAGUCCAGUUUGGUCUACACAGAGAGGGCAUUUCUCAUGCAGAAUAGGCAUCAGGAAGCCUUCUAGAAAUAUGUGAUGCUAGGCCAUGCAUUACAGCCAUCCGGGGCCAUGCAAAAUAUGCAUGACAAGUCUGACAAUCUUCCAGACCCAGACAUUUUUACAUUUGAUACGACUACAACCCAAAUGGACCAGACCAGGAGCCAGAAGACCCGGGGCCGCUGCAAAUCAUCCAGAAGCUCUGCAUUCGCUGUGUCGAGUGGAAAUUGUUCGAUUUGAUCGUUUACAGCAUUUUGGGCCUGUAUGCGAUUUUCCUACUGACAUUAAUCGCGGUGGAGGAUUACCUGAGCAACAGUCAAAAAAUGGCGUUUGAAGACACCGACACGGUGUUUCUCGGCUUAUUCGCGCUAGAAAUUGUGAUCCGACUUCUCGCUCACACGGCGACAAACUCCAUUUUCAGCUACUUCGCGGACCUUUGGAAUCUGUUCGACUUCACGAUCGUUUUUAUCUCCUGGGUUUUCGCGCUACAGCGGUACGCGAACCCCGAAGAGGCGACCAGUAGCACGACGUUGGCUCUGUUGCGAUUGUUGCGGUUGCUGCGGUUGGUCAACGGGUUACGGAAACUCACUGCGUCGGCAAACCGCAACACGCGAAAAACGGGGCGGAAUCAGUUGGACAAGAACUCUAAUUCCAUUUCCUUCUCCUCCCCAGUCGAGCGGGUUUUGGAGAUUUUUCGGGAAGUUCGGGCGAUGAAGGUAAUUCCGAACAGUUUGAAGGAGGAGAUCACGUGGUCGAUGGAUGUGGUUGGAUCGAAUAAGCUGUACAGCAUUUCCGUCGACGGGAAUGACUACAAUUCCGGCCAGAAAAACAACGCGAGUGCGAACAACCAAAAUCUAUUGUUAGAGCAGGAGAUUUCCGAGUGGGUAAAAAUCGUGUCCGCGGAAGAUAUAUCAAUUGCAAAUAUGUCUGUCUGGAAGGUGGCAACUUGUCAUGGUAAAUCUCAAGCAUGCAAAAAUCUGUGUUGCAUGAGUGCCAAAAGCUGUCCACUUUUGACCAAGUUGGAAGGGAGUUUGUCAUUCAGGAUAGGCAUGUCAGAGCCCUCGCAGAGUCUGUCAUGCUAAGUCCCGCAUUCCGGACCUCAUCGCCCACCCCCCGGGGAGGGGAUCCUUGACCUGUGGCGCUGGGAGUGGGUGUCCACUACAUGAUGAUGAUGAUGGAAAAUCUGCAUGACAAGUUCCAACUUUCCAGACCCAGACAUAUUUGCAAUCCAUAAGACAACCAAUUUAACAGCAGCUCCUUCGGCGCGAUUGAUUCGGAAUUGGAAAAAUUUCUCAUCGGGCAGAGUAAAAAGAAGGAGCACGCAGAAAAUUUAGAGCAGGCGAGGAAAAGGCUGAUCGAGAUAUUGGAAACCGAGGUUGAGAUCGACUGCAGCGGGUUUUUGGGAGUGGGUGGAGGCGGAGCAGGUUCUGGUGCCGGUCAGUACUAUGGAAGUGGGAGGAACAACAACCAAUACGAGGACGCUGAUACCGCCGCAGAAGCGGAAAAUCAUAUCUGGCAGGACAUGGGGUUUCUGCAAAAGGAAGACUACAUCCUGUACCAGAAGACGAAGAUCUACCAGAAAAUCCUACGGAUUUUGGAGCACGACUUACACAACUGGGACUCUUUUGACGUUUUCGCCUUCGCUGGGGUGAUAUCCUGUGCCAGAGUAUCGUACUCGUCUUGCAAUCAUGCUCAUGCCUUGCAAAUCCUUUUGCUAAGGUCAAUGCGCAUUACAAAUUUUCUUUCUCAUGCUGAGGAUGAAAUUUGUAAUGCAUUUACACGCGUCAGUGCGAUAGUUUUGCAGUUCAUAGACGAGUAGCGGCAGCAGCGAUCAUGGAGGUGCAGCAUCAGGAGCAUCAAAACCCGGCGUUGCAGCAACAGGACCACGACAUAAUCAUCAGCAACACCACCAAAACCUCAUCACAUCAAACCGCAUCCCCUUCGCCAACCCGCAUUUAGAUUGCCUCCCGUUAGUUUUCUGUGAACUGGUGAUUUUCCACGAGCUUUGCGCGCACUUGGAGAUGACGUUGGAUCCCUGUUUUCUGUUGAUGAAGGCGAUUUCCGGUGGUCACGUGGCGGAAAACCCGUACCACAACGCUUUACACGCGUGCGACGUCUUGCAAGGUUUCCACUGCAUGCUGCUCUGGGUUUUGGGCGGUAUGAACGCGAAUAACGCCAGUUACGGCCACUACGGCGGCGGGGGGUUGCACGGCAGUUCAAGUUUCAUGUCGGACUUGAGGGAAAACAGCUUUGUGUCAAAAAUGGCCACGAACGCGACUAACGUUGGCGGCGGCGGGCAGGGAACCGACAAAAACUUGAUGCUGCAGAACCAAAACAGCUCGAUCGACCCAAUUUUGUCCCCGCAUGAGGUUUUAGCCGGCUUGUUCGCGGCGGCAAUUCACGAUUACCAACAUCCAGGCGUGUCCAACGCGUUUCUGGUCAGGACGAAACACCCGAUCGCGUUACGCUACAACGAUUCCGCGAUUCUGGAGAACCACCACGUUGCUGCGGCCUUCUACCUCAUGUUGGAAAAUUCCCCGGAGUACGACAUCUUCGCGACACUGAAUGAGAAACAAUACGCCGAGGCCCGGAAGAUCGUGAUCCAGAUGGUGUUAGCGACCGAUACCAGCGCGCACUUCGCGGAUAUCCUGAGUAAAAGCAUCCCCACACCAGAGUCAAGAUGGGGAUUUUGCAACACAAGCCUAGAACUUUUGGGGGUCACGCAUCACAAGUUGCAACUCGUAGUGUAGUGCAGGUUCGCAAGGCCAGCUGCAUCAGGAAUCCAUCUGCUCAUCCUGUUUAAAACAGCAUUACAAAUUCCAAAACACGACUAAAAAGGCCUCUCCUCGCGAUGCGCAUUACAAAUGUUCCUGUCGUUACUUAUUAGCUGCGCUUCUGGUGACGGCUUCCGCUUCUUCGUGCGAAAAAUUUCAGAUUCAUAAUCCAUUGUUAUGCUGUUGAGUAAAACAAUGAGCACUUCGUUUUUUUUCAGAGCACUUCGUUUUUUUCAGAGCACUUCGUUUUUUCAGAGCACUUCGUUUUUUCAGAGCACUUCGUAAAGCAAUUCAAAUGAUGCGUCACAACAGCACUAGCUCAUGUAGAAAUACAAAGCAGAUACUACAACAGACUAGCAGCGUGCGGGGGGAGACCAAUGCGGUCUCCCCCCACCCGCUGCGACUAUUAAAAAACACACCAGGGAACUUCUUUUUUUCCAGCAGAGGCUGGUCGUGGGUUGUGGGGAAAAGACGGGGAUUAGAAAUAGGAACAAGAUGCUAGCGCGAGUUUAAAUCAGGCGUAACCUCUUGAAGAUUUCCGCAUCGCUUUACUUUACUUUUACUCUACAGACUAACCCACGCUAACAGACACGAAGCUUAGAAGAAAACAUCAUGAAAAACGAAAGCGGGCGCGGAGUCAGCGCGGCAAAGUGGGGAGUCAUGAUAAGGAGAUAUGACGGAAAACAGCCACGAGCCCGAGCCCCGCGCGGAUGCAAUCGAGGGACAUCGGCGAGCCGCUCGAGCUACAGGACGGGGGGGACUAGGCCCCGGUGGACACGCACGCGGGAGAGGAGGGGGAAAACGGAAGCGAGGCGAGAACAAGACGCGCAGUACAAUGUGCUGGAGCAGAGGACAAGAGCAGAUAGUAAGAAUAUCAAAACAAGAUGAAAAAUGCACGCAUACGCGCGCACUGCUUAACUGUGUGAAAGGUGUCGGCCCUGUUUGACCUGCACCUGCUGCGGCAGGCAGGUGAAUUCGUAGAACUGCUUCACAUGUUAAGUAACGCACACCGGCCUCCUAGUUUUAGUGAUGAAUUUAUAUGCGUCAACAGAGCGGGGCCCAAUCAAAAAAAAAAAAAUCUGCAUGACAACUCUGGCGUGGGGACGUUUUUACUCAGGAUAGCGGAGCUGAGCAGUUUUAAGACGAAGUUGGCUUCCGCGAGGGAAACCUUUCCGGACCCGCGGUCGGCGGAGGAUAAACAGGUUUUGUUGAACAUUUUGCUUCACGCGGCGGACAUCAGCAACUCAACGAGAAAAUCGGAGUUGUAUUUCACUCACGUGAGCCGGACGAUGGAAGAAUAUUUCCGACAGGGAGACAUCGAACGAGACAAGAAUCUUCCGGUGUCGAUGUUUUUCGAUCGGGAGUCCACUUCCACACCGAAAUGCCAGCUCGGGUUCAUCGACGUGGUGGUCCUCCCCCUAUUCACGGUGUUGGGUCAGUUUCUUCCCGAAGUGCAGCAAACGUGUUUGGAGAAUUUGUGGCUCAAUACCCACAGAAAAAGACCCAUGAUCCGCCCCAUUCAAUUUGUCAUGCAAAACGUGCACUAGUGCUCGUGUCUGCCAUGCAGAAAAUCGAUGGGAAUGCCUAUGGGUGUUUUUUUGUUUUUCGUGGAUACUCAACCGCACGUUCGUUCAACAGCAAGACCAGCAGUUGGAAAACGCGAUGAACGGUGGGAGGAAUGAUGACUUGAACAAAAAAGACAAGAAAGCGACGUCGAAAUAUCCAGGAAAAAACACCCAUCCCCAUCCAAUUUGUCAUGCAAAACAUGCAUAAAAUCCACUAUUAAUUUGUCAUGCAAAAACUGAAUGGGGAUGGCUGUUUUUUCCAGGAUACGAAACUGAACAAGUACAAAAAACUCAUGCUCGACCGGGUGCAGAACUUCGGAAUGCAAAAUUUCAAAAACUUCCCCGGGGCUGCCGCGUUCUUUCAACAAAAUAGUAAUCAGAGAGGGAACAAAACCGGCAACAGUGAUCAACAUGCUGGGGAGAAAGACAAAGAGAAGCAUGGAAAUACUAAAGAUUUGAACACGACCAGUCGGGAGAAUCUGAUCGCGUUUUUUAAGCAGAAGGUGUUGCCGAAGAUCAUGUUUCAGGACUGCUUGAGAAGUAGUGCGGGAAGGAACGAUGUUGGUGGAGAGGAAAGGAGCAGUGCAAAUCCCGUUGCUCAGCCGCUUGCUGGUGGAACAAGUACAACAACCACUACAACAGGAACAGCGACUGCGCAAAAUACAGCUGCUGGCGCAGCAGGAGCGCAGCCUCGCUCUACCAAUGGACCGUCUGCGACGUCGUCGAGUAGAGAGCAACAGCAGCGGGGCAGUGGAGAAAGGGAAACUGGUGGAGGAGGCGAAGCGGCUGUCUCUGCUGCUGGGGAAGUAGAUGCGGUGCCGUUGAAACGGCAUCAGGAUUGAGGAGGUGGUUUUCGGUUUAGUGAAACCGGUACUGGCAUCAUCCUUAAGUGUGAGCUUUUGCGACGAAGUAGCUUGUGCUUGUUGUGUCUAUAAACAGUAACAACAGUCUUUGGUUUAGCAGCUAGGUUUGAAAUGCAGCUAGUGACGAGUAGCCCGGUUUUUUUUCAAAACAAAAUUUCAUGCACACUGAUCUCUCUUUUUUUUAGCGAAGUACGCAGCAAAUAAGUGCAAGUAGACCGCGGUUUAGUGCCAGAUAGACACGCUGGCGUCGUUUAUCGUCGAACACGUGGAUCCAAAGUUACCCUGGUGCUUUGCGUAAACAAGCUUAGUACUAGCGAUGUCGAUGUCGUUUUUGCGAAGAUAAAAAAGUACAUGUUACACAGCGAUCAAGUGCAAAAAGAAAAAGUGAUAAGUGAUGAAAAGCCUUAAGGCCUAUGAGUAUGAUCUUUAAGAUUUCUGCAAAAGAAACGCAAGCUACAACUCUCUCUUCGAUUCUUAGACACGGGAAAUUUUGGCUCUAAGUACUGGACUGGCAGUUGAUGAAGAAUCAUACGAGAAGCAAAAACGAUUGUGAAGCAGUAUAGGAAGCGCAACGAAGCAU